AUGGCGCCAGCUGCGCCAGGACCCAUGUAUGGCAAGGACGAAAAGGCGCUUUGCUUCCACCACGAACUGCUCUAUGAAGCAAAGGUGCUCGACUCGCGACACACCGACCAAAAUGACAAGAAAUCUCCUUACGAGUACAAGGUCCAUUACAAGGGUUGGAAGAACACGUGGGAUGACUGGGUGCCUCAAGAUCGCUUGCGCAAGUACAAUGAUGAGAACCUCGAGCUCUCCAAGAACUUGAGGCAGGAAAUGAACGCACAACGCAGAGCUGCAGCAAAACCGAUGACUGCGACCGUGACCAGAAAGCGUGAUCUCAACACUGGUUCUGCUAGAGGCAGCGAGGAAAGGACAGCUCCUACAGCGCCAACCCGUGGAACCAAACGCGGUAGAGAGUAUGAAGGAAUCGACAAGGAGGACGAAUUUCUUCGUCGACCUUCGAUCAAGAUCUUCAUGCCUGACAGCCUCAAGGCUAUCCUUGUUGAUGAUUGGGAGAAGGUGACCAGAGAAAAUAGACUGGUUCCGCUUCCUUCUAGAACUCCAGUAGCACAAUUCCUCGCAGACUAUGCGGCAUCGGAGAGUGCCAAGCGCAGAGAGGGUAGCGCCGAAGCAGACAUCCUUGAGGAGGUGAUCGCUGGUGUCAAGGAGUACUUCAACAAGAGUAUCGGCCGCAUCCUGCUAUACCGCUUCGAGCGUCCUCAGUGGUCCGACAUCCACGCUCAGCUUAACAAGGGCACUGGAGACUUGACAGGCAAACUCCCCACUGACAUUUACGGAGUAGAGCAUCUAUGCCGUCUGUUUGUCUCGAUGCCGGAUUUGAUUGCCCAUACCAACAUGGACUCUCAAGCUGUGAGCCGUCUUCGCGAAGAGCUGCACAAGAUGACCCAAUGGCUCAGCAAGAACGCCGGCAGUUAUCUGUCUCAGGAGUAUGAGCAACCUACUCAAGACUACAUCGACCGUGUCAAGUAG